UUAAGGAGUCCCAAGCGAUUGGAGUGGAGAGCACACAGGGGUGCUCAAGCUACUAACUAUUUUCAUCAAUUGUUUUCUAAGAGGGAGAACUAUGUUUACAGGUCCUGUAGCGAUAUGACAUGUGCUUUAGGCAUUACCGAAUCAGCGUACUCCCACCAGUUGGCCUGAAACCCCCUUACUACAUCAAUCAUCUAGGCGCACACAUUCCAAAGGUCGUUCAUUACCGGAGUCAAGGAAAGAAAAUAAAGGAGAAGUUUGGGUCGGUUGGAUCAGCAAACUCCUUUUAUUGUGUGUUCUACCUCUGAGACGUAGACGGUGAGCACUACGUGUGCUUGUUGUUUGGUGAAGUUGUAGUUUGAUGCGGGACUCUUCAUAAUAGAUUCUCUGUAAAGGGAGAUGGUGGAGACGUGGACAUGGAGUCCUCUCAGAUCCCUGUGACUCGAUACCAGACUCUUCUUAGGAUCCAAUUUGGAACAUUAAUCCAGGCCAAAUCUAACAGACAAGAUACGAACACAGUGUUGACGGUGUGUUAUCCGGAGGAGAAGAAGGAAGAAAGCACCCAAGAUUCAAACCCAGUCUUCUAUUUCAGGGACUCUGACCAUCAGGAUCCUUUGUCCACCUGGAAGGGCCCGAGGAAGGUGACCCUACAACGAAGGUCCAAUGGCUUUGGGUUCACUUUACGUCACUUCAUCGUCUAUCCACCUGAGUCUGCAGUGGCCGAGCUGAACAGACUACAGGAGACUGGUGGAGAUGGACCCAAGUCAAAGAGUCGGAUCUCUGCCCUUGAGCCGAUGGAUACCAUCUUUGUAAAGCAGGUUAAAUCGGAUGGUCCUGCUCACCAGGCUGGCCUAGCUAAUGGAGACCGUAUAGUGUCUGUGAAUGGAGAGAGUGUUACAGGCAAGACGUACCAACAGGUGGUCAAUCUUAUACAGCUAUGUAAAUACAGUGACACGAACCUGACCCUGUUUGUGGUCCCAAGAGAAGAAGACAUCCUCCAGGUUGCCUACCCAUCAUCUGCUUAUAAAGCUGUCAAUCAAACUCCUAAGCAGACAGAGCACAAGACAAGCUUGGUCCAAGACCAAGGUAGAAAAGAGCCUGCAGAGUACAGCAGCCAGACUAGUAACCUAUCAUCUAUAUCAGAUGGCAAUGAUGUGGUGGUGGUGGGUAAGGGUAUGGAAUGUGAAGACACAGAGUCGGUCAAAGAAAGGAGUGACAUUAGUUACUUGACGACGGACACACCAACAUACAGGGUACCGGAGCAUAGAAGCCAGACAAAACUGGUCACAUCAACGCCAAAUUCUGAUGUUUAUCACAAUGAAAAGAAUGAAAGAAAGAUCACAGACUCUAGGCAACAGUACAAAGUCCAGCGAGUGACAGCAUCUACGAUCAACCAUGAAUCUGCAGGACCGAUGAAAGUCACAUUAGUUAAUCCAUCUGGUGGGGAAGCAUCACAUGGGACAAAAGAACAGAAGACUUUUCGAUUAACAAACGUUUUAAAUACACAAAGUUCUAGUAAACAGCCAAAUAGUCUUGCUGCAUUGGAAGGUGUCUCGGACUCACAUGAACAACAUGACACACAACCUCAGAGACAUGUAGCAUCACUCAAGAGCUACUAUGAAGCAGCCAAACUUGCCAACUCCUCACAACUGUCAAAAGAACCUGCAGAUACCUCAAAGAAUAGUUCAAGCCGUGGCUACAGUUCUAGCGUGGACAACUUGCUUUCUACUUCAGGGUUCUCACCCGCACAAGCGGUGCUUAGGGUCCAGCCCCAAAGAGGACUGAAUGGAUCCUCAUCUUGUGAUGAUUUAUGUAACUCAGCUGCUGCACGUUCAGAGGUAGGGAGACUGAACAGACAAGUGAGUAUUAUCAAUGGACAAAGUGUACAAAGAACAGAUGGUGAAGACUCCCCUGAUGGAGCUAUGCAUACAUGGAAGAGUGAGCAGGAGAGUGUGAAAGUAAGUAGGAGUGGAGGCCUUGCUAAGGUAUCAUUACAUGUGGAUGAUCCUGAUGUACAUGAUGCAUACAAGGCAUCCCUCAAAGGAGAGGAGUACUCAACACAUGCAACGCGCGUUACUGUCUCAGCUUCAGUCUCUGCGGAUAACCUCUCACAGAAUGCAAGGAACAUUAAUGUGUCUCCCAAACAUGAAGGGAGAAGGUUGACUCUGAAUCAGGAUUCUAAGAACAUCUCUAGUAGUUCAUCUACUGCUCUGGUGCCAGUCUCACGAUCCCCAUCCUUAGCAUCAGGGAGAGUGGUACAUCUAUCUAACCAAUGUCAGUUACUCCCUGAUAAACCACAGGACAGUAAGGUCUACUGGGACAAGAAACCCAGCCCUACAGAGCCAGUAGAUGAUUUGAACUUAACAGUCAGUGAUGGCUCCUUAUUCCCUUGGAAGAGAACAGGAUCAAGAAGAGGUUCUUGUGAUAGCGAUGGGAGCGGGGGAAGAGGCUCUACAAACAGCCAGGGAAAGCCUAAGCCAGCAGUGCCAAAAAGAGAUAGUAGCAGGAAUAGGAUUAGAGAAAGAAGUCUUGAGAGGGAGAAACAGAGAGACAAGACUAGGAAUGAGAGACAUCGAAGUCGAAGCUAUGACCGUGCGCACCAGAGAACCAAUUGGUCCCAGUUUCAGGCAUACAGGAAGAAUGCAACAGGUGCGGUACCUGAAGGUAUUCAGCUUGAUGAUGGGACGCUCAUACCACCAGGAAGGAAAGAUUCUAGCGCUAGCAGUAACAGCGCAGGAUCUACAGGAGAAAAGGAAACCAAACUAUUCCCAGCAUUCAUCUUAAAAAUGAGGCGACCGAGAUCAACAUCGUUUGACACUGGACAGGAUCGCCCACGGACCGUGUCCGAUUCAGGGUUCUUCAGGUAUGGAUCAUGGUCAACCAAGCGAGGGAGUGGAGGAAAGAUCAAAGAUAAGAUACUUGGUGGGUCUACGCGUCGUCUUCUACAGUGGAAGGAAGGUCAGUCCGGACGUCAGAGACUUGUACGGAGGACCUCGUAUCUCAGGGCGACAGGGUCUGAUGGUGAAGAGGAAGAAGAACACGGAGAUUCAGGGAGCGUCACAUCAUCACAGGAAGGAGAAAGACAAUCAAGAGAGAAGAUCACUCCAAAGCGAAAUGCAAGCAUCCGGAAGCUGAAAUCCUUCUUUGGAGAGGGAACACCGAAGAUAGUAGAAGCGCAGCAUUGUCGAAGGCCUUCUAUGAUUGAGUUGCUUGGUACUGGACCUGUAGCUAAAGAGGGGCCUCUUAAUAUCAAGCUGGCUCCUAACAGAUCAUGGAAACCUGUAUGGGCCGUCCUCAAAGGACAGGUCAACAAACUAUUCUUGAUGAAGGAACAGAGAGAUCCAUCACAGCAUCUUGGCCUCCUUGACCAGCCGAUCAGUCUGAAUGGAUCAACGGUUGACAUUGCCUAUGAUUACACGAAGAAGAAGAAGAAUGUCAUUCGUCUUACAAGCGUAGCUGGAACAACCUACUUGCUGCAGGUCAGUGAAGCAGAGACAAUGCUUGCUUGGAUUAAAGUACUUCAGGAAAACAAUGAUCCCUGCGAAGGGGAGAAAGAGAACAACUUACUGCAGCUCUUAGACAAGUCAAGCAAGGGUGAGACCCAGCCUGGCCAUCAUCAGGUCAAGGUCCCAUCACCAAGCUCCUAUAGGAAGAAGUUCUUCAAGUCGGUCACUUCACCAGGAACACAACCUAAACCAAGACCAACAGCUAAAGAGGAGAUGCUUGCCAAGGCCAAAGCAAGCCAGAGCUUUGCUGAUCGUAUGAAGAGACACAUCCGUGGUCGAGGGCGGACUGGGGGCUUUGCUUACCCUUUGGAUGAUCAGAUGAUCGGCAAUGCUACGUUUGGAGUUCCUCUGGAUGAAUGUGCCGCAUCACAGUCCAAUGAGCUUGUACCGAUGGUUGUUGAGAUCUGCUGCUCCAUCAUAGAAGCUAAAGGGAUGGACUAUGUAGGGAUCUACAGAGUACCUGGGAACAGCGGAGGUAUCUCAUAUCUCAAAGAAGAACUCAAGAAAGGAGUAGAUGAGAUUGAUCUGACUGAUGAGCGCUGGCAGGAUGUGAAUGUGAUCAGUAGUUUAAUGAAGCUAUUCUUCCGUAAGCUACCCAAUCCAAUGGUACCCAACAACCAGUACAAGGAUUUCAUUGCAGCUAAUCGUAUGGAAGAACCUUCAGAGAGGAUGUGGGCUCUACGUAGACAGAUCCAUAACCUACCAGAUCAUCAUUAUGAGUCCUUCAAAUACCUUGCCAACCAUCUCAAAGGAGUUGCAGCCAACGCAGAUGUGAAUCGCAUGGAAGUCCGUAACCUUGCCAUUGUCUUCGGUCCUACCCUGGUGCGCUCUGGAGACGAUAGCAUGGUUACCAUGGUAACAGACAUGUCUGACCAGUGUAAGAUAGUAGAGAGCUUGAUCCUUCACUGUGAUUGGUUCUUCAGUGAUGAUGUAGAGAGUCAGCAGGAUGUCCCUAGUGAUGCGGUGAGGUUGAACAGCUGGGAGAAGAAGAAGAGUCCGUCUAGGAGGAAAGGAGAAGAUGAACAAGAUGGAGGUGAAGAGGAGGAAGAGAAUGAGAUGGAUAAGACUGGUCCACUUAAAACAUCUUCAAUGGAAGAUAUCCGCCGUGAUGCUGGUGGUCUGUUCUCUUCUAAAGAUCUGAUUCUCUCCGUGAACUCUGCUGCUCAAAGGAAGCUAAAGACACCCAACAAACCUUUCUCUCCUGAGAAGGUGGACACGAGUGAAGUCAAGUAUAGAAGACCUAGUCCAGAGCCACCUCAGCUACAUACUAUCAAACUACAUGAUCAAGAGUCAUUGCGUCUUACAGUUGGACAGCAACCAAUCACGAUAGAUGUGGGUGAUGAGAGGUCGUUACACGCGGCUGGACUUAGAAAGGAUGAUAGCACCGGUAAGGUGGUACUGCGUCAGAACUCUCAGGGUUCCGUUGAUUCCAAAUCAAGCUGCGGGAGCGAUGAGAGCCCCAAGGAAAUGGAGGCUAUGUUUCAAGGCUCUCUCUUUGGUUCUAGCAAUCGAUCUUAUCAACGAUCUUACUAUCAGAAUUUCCAGUUUGGUUCAACACGGGGUAGAAAACUAUCUGACUCCUCAGAGAGUAAUCCUCCAUUGAAUCUAGAGCAGGAGCUGAAAUCUCUUACCAAUGCAACAUCAAAGAGAGACAGCUGGGUGCAGUCAGACUAUUCCAAAGAGCGUGAGCGAAUAGAGCGCCAGCAUGCUGAGGCGCUACGUGACUUAGAGAAAGAAGACAAUACAAACAUAGAAGAGUUAUUCAAGUCACAAGAUUACCUAAGUGAGCUAGCAGCUGUAUCUAAUAAGAUCAUGGACUAUACAAGUAAAGGUAUGAAGAGCCCUUCUGCUAGUCGGAAACACUCUCUUGAAAAGCCUUCAGGUAGGGAUCAAUCAAAAUCCUCCAAUAAUAACAAUGCAUUCAAGGCUAACACUGUAGCUAAAGAAGAAUCAACCAAGAAGCAAUCAUCUACUGACUCAUUUGCUUCCUUGCACAUUGAUGAAAGUGACUUUGUUCAGUCUAUGAAAGCCACAUUUGAAGAGCGGUUACAGCGAGUGUUACAGCAUGAGAGUGAAGAUGACACCUCCCGUCCUACUAGUCUUGUGAGUGACACCCAUCAUCAUCAUCAAGCUGAUGAACCCAGGGGGAUUCAUUAUAGGAGUAACUCUGUAGACAGGUCUGAUGUCCUGCGACGGAGACUAGAAUCUCCUGCUUCCUCAGGAUCAGGCUCUAGCACCAGCUCUCCCGUAAGAUCGAAGGACAUCGUCAAAUCAUCUGCUAAGUCCAAGAUGGCCAAGUCUACAUCUCAUUCUCCUAAGAAGUGCAGUCGUAUUGAAGUCAUCCUCACGAUGGAGAAGAGAGAAACUACUCCAACGUCCCUCCGUGAUAACAUCGCCAACAAUGCCCAGGAGAUCUCCAAGACCCGUAGAGGAUCUGCCAAAGACACUACGUCCGUCAAGGAGAAGAACAGGGAGAAGAGGCGUAGGAGACAUACUGUAGGGGGUGGUAAGGACCUUCAGAAAGCUAUCAGUGAGCACCUUGCUAGUGAAGAAUCUAAGAAAGUCAGUGCUGUGGAAAGACUCAAGCCAUUUGGUAAAGAGAACUUGAAAUCCACCUCUAAACCUCAAGACAUCAAAUCCUGGUUAGAGUCUGAGCGUCACCGGAGCACUACAAGCAGCCCCAACCUCCUAAGCUCAGUCCAAGCAUCUAUUGCAAGGUUACAUCCAACGGAAACGGACAAACAGAGGAAAGAGAAAGAACUUCGUAGAAAAAGCACACCUAUUUUAGGUGCAACAGAUUUCAACAACGAGCCUCACAAGCUUUCUAGAAUGCCAAGAUAUUUUGAAAUUGAAUCGUACUUAUAGAACAAUGGGGGAGUCUUAAUGGUAGAGUCAGCUACUGAAAUUUUGUGACAGCAACAUAGUGACAUAAGUUAUGACAGUGUGUAUAUAGCAGAGAGAGAGAGAGACGUUGUAUAUAUAUAUAUAUAUAUAUAUAUAUAUAUAUAUAUAUCCAAAUGAAUUCCUAAGGCAAAAUGAAUCUUGCUCUUUAACCAAUAGGAAUUCACCAUUAAUAUCUAUUUAUAUGUGACUGUGUGGUGUCCUUGUGUGUCCCUGUAUCUGUGUUAUUAUAUAUGACAUUGCUACCAAAGUAGCAGGUAAUGCUAUACGGGUCUAAGUUAUAACUAAAACUAUAUUAUAUAACAUGAAAAACAGUAAUCCUUUGGCCCAUUUAAUUGUAAGUUCAUUUUUAUAUCUUUGUAGACUUUCUGAAGGUAAUCAGAUUGUGUGAUAACAUAUGCGAGAUAUUUCCUAAUUCAUAUUCUUCACAAAGUUAGAUCACAGCCCUGUUUCAUUAACUCAUCAUUGCUAACAAAUUGCAGUAUUUGAUGAAAACUACUAAAAGUAUGACUCUUGAUUGACUUUGAUAAAAUAUGUUUCUGGAUUGUGACAUUUAAUACUUUUUGCAACAUACUUGAUGUAUGCCCACCACACCUGUACUUGCUACUGUAGUGCAUUCAGAAUAACAGUAUUAAUGUAAGCCUGGCUGAAGGGCGCAAAAAUCAUUGUUUUGGUCACUGUUUUAAUUGUAUUUGCUGAAAAGAUAAUACAUCAGUUAACCAUGACAACGAUGUAUAAAAUGAAAUGUCAAUUGUUUUUAUUUCUUUUUUGGAAAAUAUUUUGAAAAGGAAAGUGCAAUGAUGGGAAGAGAGAAAAGAAGGUCUACAAACAAGAUGUAACACACCUUUAUAAUGACUUGUUUGGUGGGAAAUUGUUUUGAAGGCCAAAGGCCAUAUACUAGUCUUCUUAACAUCUUUAAAACAAAAAAACAGUAAAGACAAUUUACCUUGAAACAUCUGUUCAUAACUAGUUAUUUCACAUUCCGCAGAAGACUGAAGUGAUGCUAUUGAUUUCUUCAUAGUAUAGAUAUUGAUACCCUUGCCUUCAAAGAUUGGAAUAUAAAUAAUAAAGAAAGGCGCAUUUUAUUUUUAAGAAAGCUAACAGCGAGGGGGGGGGGGGUGGGGGAAGGAGACUAAUUUGUAAAGUCUUUUUUUAAUUUUUAUAAAAGAUACAUUGGUUUGUUUUAAGAAAGUACAGUGCUACAUAAAAUAGCUCCAGAAGCUUGCCACUAGACUUCUAGAAUUGAAAGGUUUAUGAUUAUUUUGUAAUCUCAACAAAUGAUUUCCAAGAUAAUGUAAUAUUAUUUUUGAAUAAUUUGUGAUGUGGAUAUAUUUGGAGGUAGUAUGCCUGCCUGAGUGGAGGUCCAUAAUCACCCCCAAACAAAUGUGCAUGGAAUGAUGAGGAUUGGGUAAAUGACUAGCCAGCAUAAAUAUAGAAAAUUUAAUUCCACCUUUUAAAAAUAAUUUUCACCUUUGUUCUGUUGAGCACAGUAUUAUCGAAUAUGGAUUCUGACAAAAAUGUAUUAAUGUUUGUUGGCCAAGGAUGGAUUGCACGCAAAGCAUCCUUUCUUUAUUUGGUCACCCAAUGACUGUGUAAAAAUUCAAACAUCUUUGAUAAUAUUUUGGUAUGGGAAAAUUAGGUAUGAAAUUGCUCUUAAGGUUCAUGAUUUUCAUGACCAUUGCCAAAUAAUUUAAGUCGUUCAAAAAAUUGAGUCCUGCUUUGUUAAAUCAGUAGUUUGGUUAUAGCCUCUUUUCUUUCAGCUGUUCCUUCAAUAGUUGUGAGAUGACCUUUUGAAUGUAGAUGACUAAUUGUUUGCCGAGUGGAAGAAAGCCAUUAACCGAUUAAGAAAUUAAACCCCCAGAUCUCAACACACAUUAUGUGUAAAAUUGUUCAUUUGACGUUGUUUUAAAACCUAUGGUAUAAAAGUGAAAUCAGAAUAAUUACCAGUUACAAGCUGAUGAGUAGGUAGAAAAUAUUAAAGUCAAGUAAUUAUUAUGUUGAGCAUUUUGGGAAUAAGUUUUACCCAGAAUGAAGCAAUCUUUCUUUGGUUACAUGGUCAUAAUGCGCAAUAUGACCAUUUUGACAUUCAAUGAUUUGUGAAAUAUUAUUAUUAGUAUCAUGUAGAAAUUUAUUAUAGAGAGAUUAAUCAUGUCUUAAAUGAAGCUUGUGCAAAUCAGAGACACAGACAUUCAUGUUUUCUUUUAAAGAUUAUCCAUGUUUGCACAAUGGAUUCACCAGUUUUUGUCUUGAAACCAGGAAAUGAAAAUUAUGCACAUUUUAUUAUUUAUGAUUGUUUUUUAAUCAAGAAUAAAUGUCGGAUUUUUAGUGCAUAUGUAUUGUAUACAGCCAGGCACUGACAGAUUCAUUCUAGAUCACCAUCGCCAGUCAUACCUGCUUCAGAGAAGUGAAUCCAAACACUAAAUUUGUACCUGUCUAUAAAGACCAAUUACAACCUUUGUACCUACACCAGAUAUAUCACCUAAUGUUGACAUGCUCUACGGUACACAGAAUGAAAAGCAAGGAAUGAAAGACAUGAAGAAAGAUUGAGAUUGGAUGUUUUAUUUGGUUGUUUAUUUUCUUGUUUUAAUGUACAUUUUUAAACAUAUAUCAUCCUUGUUACAUUUGUGAAAUUAUAUGAAAUGAUUAUAAUCAAGAUGGAAAAUGAGAGAUUAAAUCCUAGUACAGAUUGGUAGUUAGUUUUCUUUAUCUUUUAAGCAAUGUUAUUGCAGAAAAUUUGCUCCUGUAAGUUUUGUAUUGUGUUUGUAUAAAAAAAAAGAUAGUUUCAUUGGUAUAAUAUUAAAGUGAAUAUUUCCUUAUACAACUUCA